AUGUCAGCACGCCAAGUCGCGUUACCACCUCAAAAUCCUUUAUUACAAGAACCUUCUCGUAUUUCAACAAAUCUUUUUUCUGUACCUACACAGAGACUUGUAGCUACAGCUAUAUUUGUUGCAAUAUGGGCAUAUAAAUUAUAUUAUUUUACAACUGGGAUACCUGGAAGUUUUAUUAUUUGGUGUAUGCUAGACAUCGCGUUUUUCACUUUGUUAUAUCUUUGUCGAAUACCUUGGUUGCAAUUCCCUUUAUGGAAAAUAUUGCUCUAUAUCACACUGUCCUGUACAAUAAAUGCUUUCAUUAUAAAUCCGAAUUGGGUAAGUUUUAAAAAUUUUAAACAAUACGCCCAAUCAAAGAUAUUGUUAAUAUUUAUUAAUAUACUAUUAAAUAUAGAUAUUAGACACAAUAGUUCCCACAUAAAGGGGAAACAUACGGUCCGACUUUUACCAUAUGCUACUGCAAAGUUGAAUCCAGAUGAUGAAAGAUUUUGUCUUACAAGGAUGGAUUCAAGAAAAAGUGACCCGAUCGGAUUACCUGUAUUAUUCAAUAAAACGUCUCCAAAAUCAAUUCAUUAUUCAAGAGUAAAUUUUGUAUCAGGAAAUAAGACUCAUCACGAAUUUACUUCAAGAGAUAUUGCUAGAAAUCAUUUAGUUGACGUGAUCCAAGAUGGUGUUUUUGUGUAUAUUCCCGUAACUGAGCCAGGAGUUUAUAAAAUUGAACAAGCUUUGGAUGCAGAUGGGAUGGGAAUUAAAAUUUAUAAGAAAGAAGAGAUUAUAGUUUAUUGCCCUGAAGCAAAAUUAAUAUCUAUUACUGAUACGAAAUGUUGUAUUAAUGAUGAGAUACAUACCAAGUUAGUCUUGAAGGGUGUACCGCCCUUAAGUGUAUAUUAUGAAAGACGUGUUGAUAAUGAAUCCGUUAAUAUGACAAUAGAUGGAAUUGGUUCAGAACAUUUUAAAUUCCCUAUAGAUGAACCUGAUCGAGCAAAGUUAUUUUUUGCUUCUGACAAUUAUCAAUGGGCUCAAAAUCAAGAGAUAGAAGUACAAUUGAAUAUGACUGCUGAUAUACCCGCAACAUAUUCUUUAAGGGUUCUUGAGAUUAAUGAUUUAUUAAACAACACCCAUAAUUACAUUAUUAAACGAAAUCAAAAUGUUUUUGUAAAGUAUGAUGUAUUUUCACGUCCAACCGCAAAAUUUUCUUCGGAUAUACCUAUAUAUACUCGUCCGGGUUAUCCUGCGGAAAUGAAAUUAAAUUUACAAGGUGUAGCUCCUUGGAAACUUGGUUUAGGAUAUUGGUCUGAAGACAUUGCUGAAUUAACAGAUACUUUAUCGAGUGAGCCAACUGAAAUGCUUAAUGUGACAAUAAAAGAAAAUGAAAAUAAAAUGGGGUAUUCUAUAACCGUGAAAAAACCUGGUACAUAUAAAUUAUUAUCGGUUUCAGAUGCAAAAUGCUCAGGACAGAUUUUGGCCCCAUCUACAAACAUCUUAUCAAUUGCUUAUCCUCCUACUGUUAAGAUCGAUGCCAUUCCUAUAUCUGCCGAAGAUUGUCCAGGGGAAAUCGGUAUUGAGGCUACUUUAUCUUUUACUGGAAUUCCGAGAUGGUUUCUUGAAUAUUCAAUCAAAUCUGAAAUUGAAAAAGUAGAUGAAAUAGUAAUGAGCGAAAAAUCUAAACGUGUAAUAACUAUAAAGCCACCGAUACCAGGACAUUAUGAAUACACAUUUUUUAGUUUGUCGGAUAAUAUAUAUCGUGAAGGAGUUGAAAUUAAUUAUGGGUUUACUCAAACUGUUUAUCCAAAACCCAAUGCCAUUUUCCGACGUACAAAAGAUCGAACAAUAAAUAGUUGUAUGAGUAAUCUAGUUGAACUGGACGUAGAUUUAAGUGGAUCCGGUCCUUUUACUUUGGAAUAUGAAGUUAUGUUCAAUCGAAGAACAAAUGCCUUUACUAUCGCUGAUAUUCAAAGUCCUAGUUAUGUGAUAAUUUCACCACCAUUUGAUAAUCCUGGAACGUAUACUGUAACUUUGAAAAGAAUUGUUGAUUCUCAAGGCUGUAGCCAGAUCUUAAAUAAUGAUGAUUCUGUUACUAUAAAUGUCAAGAGGGAUAAGCCAACUGUUGGAUUUAGAAAUUCCCAUGAAAUUCUUUGGUUUCUUGAAGGUGGAAGUGUUGAAUUGCCACUACAACUUACUGGGAAUCCACGUUGGGAUGUCACAUAUAUUUAUCACUUAGAUAUGGAUAACGUCAGAAAGGCUUAUGAUUUGGUCAAUCCGAACUCAAUUUUAACUGUAACUGAACCAGGCCGUUACGAAUUAUUAGAAGUCAAAGAUUCUUAUUGUCUUGGUAUAGUUAUUCCCGAAAAGAAAGAAAUCGAAGCUAAAUGGUUGCCAAAGCCAUUUUUGAGAAUUGCCGAGGGUGAAGCCGAACCUUUACCGCAAACAGGAUAUUUUAAACGAAAUAGUAUUUGUGCUGGAAAAGAAGAUACGUUGGGUUUAGUUCUUCAAGGAAGGGCUCCAUGGGUUAUCAAUUAUAAAAUAAUCUCAAACCGGGAAACUAUCGUUCAUCAGCAGACCAUAGGAUUUCCAUCGACAAGAAUUCGACUUAUGACUGAAAAUCCUGGAUUACAUAUUUAUAAUUUUUCUAGUAUAGCGGAUGAUGUUUAUACAGAACAAAAUGAGAUGUUGUUAAUCCUUGAACAGGCCGUUCUUUCGAAUCCGAGUGCCCGAUUUGUCAAUAGAGAUAUUGUCUAUCAUUGCGUUGGCACCGCGUUCACAAGAGAUGAUUCGAUAAUGAUAGAAAUGGAUGGCGUUCCUCCAUUCUCUUUGGUGUUUGAGGUUAUGCAUGAAAGCAGUAAUCACGUGGAAACAUUGAGAAUGGAAUCGAUCAAUAAUACGCUUUAUUAUUUCCAACCAAAAGAGAAGUUUAGUUUGGUCGGACAAUAUACAAUAUCUAUUGUCUAUAUUUCUGAUUCACAAGGAUGUAGUAGAAGUUUAGAAGGUCCCGAUAAAACACUCAUUGUUCAGGUGACUGAUGUUGCAUCGAUUGACCGCACAUUUCAUCAACAAUUUCAUUGUGUUGGUGAUAUUUUGGAUUACUCCUUGCAAGGUAUAUUACCAUUGAAUAUUACUUAUGAAUACAAUGGAGAAGUAAAAUUUGCAAUAUCAAGGACGAAUACAUUUGCUUUUGGCGCAGACAAACCUGGAAAUAUGACUAUAACUAACAUUUGCCAUCAACGCAAUAAGUGCUGCGGGUUUGUUGCGAAUCUUACAGAGAUUAUUUAUGAUCUUCCUUCUGCUUUUGUUUCUGAAGGCAAGGAAGUUAUAUCUGAUAUCAGAGAAGGCGAUAAAACUGAAAUUAUAAUAGACUUUCUUGGUAACCCGCCUUUCCGAUUUACGUACGUAAGGAAAGAAUUAUUGAAAGAUGGCAAAAAACGAAAGUCAGGCCGUAUUCUUGAAACGCAAACAAUACUUAAUAUUAAUAAACACAAACAUUCGAUUUAUACUUCACAAGAAGGUAAGAUUAUAACAUGUUCUUUAUAA